GACCCGCCUGAAUCAGGUUCUGACAGUGAGGACAGGGAGGCACAAGGGGAUCUCACAGCACCCCUCACCAUGGGUGACUUAAAAAGGCUGCUCCAAGAAACCUCCGCAGACAUUAAGGCACAUACAGCCGCGGAACUCGAGAAACAAAUAACAGGGCUCAAAGAUGAUCUUGAGGCCCUAACCUCAU